GGGAGUUUAUAAAGAUGGCGCUGGCCGGCGGCCGCCAUUCGCCGCGCGAACCCUACGCGCAUGCGCCCGCCUCGCGAGUGAACCGAUAAUUGACAGUUAAACUAUCAUGGCGGCCAAAUUUUACGUUGUAUGUUUGCUCGUAGCGACGGGCCUGGCGGCGGGAGCGCGGCCUCGCCCGCGCCUGCAAGUGCAGCCCCAGGAGUACGAGUACAAGCCGCAGGCGCAAGAACGAGCUUCCAAUGAUCAGGUGGUCCUGGUGUCGGCAGACGAGUACGACGCGCUGUACCGCGCCGACGAUCGGCUCGACGAGUACGAACCGCGCGGGGCGCCACGCGGGCCUGCGCGCCUCAAGACCCAGCCGCAGGAGCCCAAGCAGCCGCCUGUGCAGACCAUCAGAAACUACAACAAGGUAAACGAUGACGGCAGCUUUACCUUCGGUUACGAAGCCGCCGACGGCUCCUUCAAGGAAGAGACACGCGGCACCGACUGCGUCGUCCGCGGCAAGUACGGUUACGUGGACCCCGACGGCAACAAACGAGAGUUUACCUAUGUCUCUGGCAACCCCUGCGACCCCAACAAGCCCAACGAGGAAGAGGAGCCCGAAGCACCUGCCCCAGACUCCGCGGAACGUGACGACGGCGUGCCUAACUACCCGACCAGGCCCAUCCAUCGACCGACCACAACUCGACCUACUACGACCUACUUCCAAAACGAUUUCAGAGACGCUGACGAGGAUGAAGCUGAAGAAGAACCUCUUCAACACAUUAGGCAGAGAGUGGUCCAGCGCCCGACACCGAGACGGCCCUCGUAUCAGUCUCAGCAGAUUGCCAUUACUCCGAGACCUGUGCCAGUAACGACUCCACGCGCGCUGCCGCCUGCGACGACAUUCCGGCCCCAGUUGGUUCAAGUAACCGCGAAACCUCAGUACAGCCCGGAACCUGAAUACUCGCCGUCUCCGAUACCUAACUACUCGGCAUCACCUGCUCCCGCCGCGUACUCACCUUCUCCAGCUCCUGCUGUGAUCACCACGGCUAGACCUAGCUCCGGACAAAUCGACUUCGCUGCCGAAUUUGCCAAGUUCCAUCGUGAGAACCAAAUCCAGUCCACAGCGUCAACUGCUACGAAUGGUCCUUCGAAAGCUGCUGUCGCUCAAGCUCCUAGUGGUAACCCUCUGUACUCUACCGAACUGGUAUAUGAUCCUUCGAGUGGAAGUUACAACACUCAGUUGUUCCAGUCCCUGCCUCAAACUAAGGGAGGAGAAUUGAAUCUCAACCAGCGCCUUCAACCUUACGUAGCCCAACCUCAACUGCAGCAGCAAAGACCGUUCAUUCCUUCACCUCAACUGCCAUCUAUACCAUCUUCGCCCGCUUCGAACGUACCAUUGUUCCGUCACCAGAUUCAACACCAGAACCCUCAGGAGAUCUACCAGAGGCAACAAAAUGAGGCUCAGUUCCAGAACUCCCAACAGUUAUUCGCUCAGCAACAGCAGCUACAACAAACACAGUUGCAAAGAGAUAGAGCUGCAGCGAGGGCUCAGGCGCAGAGGCUCGCGCAAGCACCGCAACCCCAGAGGGCCGCAGCUGGCCCUCAGUACUACUAUGUUGCGCCGCGUGGUGAAUCUGCCUCUUCAGGGCAGAUUGACGCCUUCCUUAGAGGGCAUGGCAUCCAGUUCUAGUUUCUCUAUUAGUAGAAUAUCUUUGAGCUAGGUAAAAAUAAAACUAUCGACCAAUUUUGGCCUAGGUCACAUCCAAUCCAUUAUUAAUGUCAUCCAUAAACGAUUUUAUGACGGUAUAAUCUCCAUUAGUAAGUACAUGUAUACAGACAGCACCGGUCUCAAGAUAUUUGUAGUCAUUAGGUUGGUUACGCUUAAUAUACGUGUUCUUCUUUAUUUUGUUUUUGUUAUUGUACCUACUUUGAUGGAUGGAUGACCUCUAAGCUGAUGACUGAUAUUUUAAUCUUUCAUAUUACCGUAAAUAUCGCUCGAAAGGCCAUAUCCGAUUAAGUUAAGAGCUAACAAUAAAAAAACACUCACAAUUAUUUAAUUGUAAAUAACUAGUCCAGCAGGGCUACGAUGGACGGCUGUCUAUCAUUUGUCACCAUACCUGUCACGCUCUAACAAAUACGUAAUUGCGAAAGUGACGCAUGAUAUGACAAGUGACAAAAACACGACUGCUGUUGCUUAAAUUUUUGUCCCAAACUGUAAGGUUCUUAGCUUUAAUUUUAAAAUUUUCUUGAAAACUUUGAAGCUAUCUACUAUUGUUGUUUCUGUUAAUUUUUUGUAUAGAAAUUAUUAAUGCAACGAUUAUCUUGGUAUGACAAAAUUUAAAAUAAUAUUGUGGGAGGUUUUUGGUGUCAGUUCUUAGUUUAGAUCACAUUUUUAAUGUUUGAGUACAAUUAAUUGGUCGAUACGAUGGAAGUAUGUUAUGACAAUGGAGUCUGUCAAAUUCAAUACGUAUAUGUAUGAGGUAUAUCCCAAUAUCAAUAUUUUUUUUUUUUUUAAACCAAUAAUAUUUUUUACCAACAUUCAAAUCUUGAAAAUUUCCUCCGUCGGACUUCUAAGUUCGAUUUAGAAUCAUUAUUUUUUAUAAACACAAUCUUCAAAUGGGGGUGUAUUGACAGACUCCUGAUGAUACGUUGCGUGGCCGCACUGUACAUAUGUGACGCUGUGUCUAAUCAGUACCUAAUCGUAAUUUUAUAGUCAUAAGUAUAAAAUGUAAAAAUCUGCGCGUUAAGUCGACGACGCGCGGAUUGAUGUAAAAAUCUGAGUAGUAUGUUUUGUAAUUUUUGUUUUAAUAUUAAAUUAUAUUUUUUACAA